AUGGGACGCCAGUUACCACCACCUCCACCUCCUCCCGGAUUGUCGAGGCCCCAAACAAAUGGAAGACGUACAGCCCCCCCUCCUCCACCGCCUCCAUCAUUAUCUCGAUCCUCUGCACUUCCACUCCAACCACCACCACCGCCUCCCCCUCCUCCUCCCGCAAGCUCUUCAUCCUUAAAUGAGAAUUCAUCUAGCAAAUCAAUUUCAUCUGAAAUAUUGGAUUCCAGGAAACGAAAAUGGCUCCAAUUGCAAAAGAAUCGUUUCAACACGAUAAAGUCGAAGAAGAAAGGUAUGGUUAUUCCAGUGAAACCAGAUAUGCCGCCGGAACAUUUGAGAAAAAUCAUAAUAGACCAUGGUGAUCUUUCCUCCAAAAACAUUGCAUCGGAUAAAAGGUCACAUCUAGGUUCAUUGAAGUACAUGCCCCAUGCCAUAUUGAAACUUUUAGAAAACAUGCCCCAGCCAUGGGAGCAAACAAAAGAAGUCAAAGUAUUGUAUCAUGUUAGUGGUGCUAUAACAUUUGUCAAUGAAAUACCGAGAGUUAUUGAACCUAUAUAUACCGCCCAAUGGGCAACUGCAUGGAUUCUGAUGAGAAGAGAGAAAAGGGACAGAAAGCACUUUAAAAGAAUGAUCUUUCCUCCUUUCGAUGAUGAAGAGCCACCCCUUGAUUGGCUUGAAAAUUUGGAGGAUGUUGAGCCUUUAGAUGCAAUCCAAUUAGAAUUAGACAAUUCCAAAGAUUCUGCUAUUCAAGAAUGGCUCUAUGAUGAAAAACCUCUCAUUGAUGACGAAGUCUUAGUCAAUGGAGAAUCAUACAGAACCUGGACUUUGGAUAUUUUGCAGAUGGCCAGCUUGUAUAAAUAUGCCAAGUCAAUCUUGCCAAACGAGAACACUGGAAAUGUGCCACAUUUGUUCGAUAAGAAUUCAUUUUUCACGGCAAAGAGCUUGAAUGUUGCUCUUCCUGGAGGUCCAAAGUUUGAACCACUUUUCAAAGAUAAAAUUAAUAACCCUGAGUUAGAAGAUUUUACCGAAUUCAAUUCAAUCGAUAGAAUUAUAAUAAGGUCGCCUAUAAGAACAGAAUACUCGGUUGCAUUUCCUUUUCUUUACAACUCAUUUGUCAAGCUGGUAUCUGCAAGCUGGUACCACGACCCAAUAAAUAAUUUUGUUGACAGCUUCAGCUCAGAAAUCGCGGCUUUUCAUUUCAAAUCCGAAUACAAUCCCAUUUCACCCCACAAGCAUCCUAUAAAAAUGGACGAUGAAAAUGAGGAUCUUGUAUUAGGUAUUAAGCCAUUCAUGUCUGAAGAUAAAGAUGAGUAUCUGGAUGAUUCAGUGGCAGACUUUUCCUUGGAGCCAGCAGGAACUAGGGAGGCUUUGUCAUUGUGGUGGGCACCUUAUCCUUUUAAUAGAAGAAGUGGAAAAAUGAUCCGGGCCCAAGAUACAGCAUUUAUAAAGAAAUGGUACAAACAACGUCCUCCAAAGGAUAGUCCCAUUAAAGUUCGGAUAUCAUAUCAAAAACUCCUCAAAGGCUACGUUUUAAAUGAACUCCAUAAUCCUCCUGGUCAUUCGAAAGCAUCUAAAAAUCACAAAAGAGUGAAAUUAUUACAAACCCUAAAGUCCACCAAAUAUUUUCAACAAACUACUAUCGAUUGGGUAGAAGCAGGACUACAAGUUUGUCGUCAAGGUUUCAAUAUGUUGAAUUUGUUAAUUCAUCGGAAAGGGUUGACUUAUUUGCACUUGGAUUACAACUUCAAUCUCAAACCCACAAAGACACUCACAACCAAAGAGCGUAAAAAGUCAAGGUUUGGUAAUGCCUUUCAUUUAACGAGAGAAAUCUUGAGAGUUAUCAAGAUUUUGGUAGACUCACAUGUCCAGUUCAGAUUGGGCAAUGUUGAUGCUUUUCAACUAGCAGAUGGAAUUUAUUACAUCUUGAACCAUCUUGGGCAAUUAACUGGAAUUUACCGGUACAAGUAUAAAGUCAUGCACCAAAUCAGGGCAUGUAAAGACUUAAAACAUGUGGUAUAUGCACGGUUCAAUAAGGUUAUUGGAAAGGGUCCCGGAUGUGGAUUUUGGCAACCUGCUUGGAGAGUGUGGUUGUUUUUCAUGAGAGGUAUUGUUCCCCUACUUGAAAGAUGGCUCAGCAACUUACUUGCAAGACAAUUCGAAGGAAGAAGAAGUAAUGACGUUGCUAAAACCAUCACUAAGCAAAGAGUUGAUUCCUAUUAUGACUUGGAGCUUAGGGCACAAGUCAUUCAUGACAUUCUUGAUAUGAUUCCUGAUGGUUUAAAACAAAAUAAGUCAAAAAUCAUUUUACAGCAUUUGAGUGAAGCAUGGAGAUGCUGGAAGGCCAAUAUUCAAUGGCAUGUUCCUGGUUUACCUGAGCCAGUAGAAAAGAUCAUAAAGAGGUAUAUUCAAGCAAAAGCUGACGGGUGGAUUUCAGUUGCACAUUACAACAGAGAUAGAAUAAUGAAAGGAACUACAGUUGAGAAGACUGUUGCCAAGAAGAACUUGGGUAGGUUAACAAGAUUGUGGAUUAAGAACGAACAAGAGAGGCAGCUUAAUUUUGUGAAAGAUGGUCCAAAUGUCUCUCCUAACGAAGCAAUCACGAUAUUCCAAACCAUGGUUAAUUGGCUUGAAAGCAGACAAUUUAGCCCUAUCCCCUUUCCACCGUUAUCUUACAAACAUGAUACUAAAUUGCUAGUAUUAGCGUUGGAAAGUUUGAAAGAGAGCUAUAAUGCUAAUGUUCGUUUGAAUUCUUCUCAAAGAGAGGAGUUAGCAUUGAUUGAACAAGCAUAUGAUAAUCCUAAUGAGUGUCUUUCGCGAAUCAAGAAGUUCUUAUUGACUCAGCGAAUUUUCAAAGAAGUGGGAUUAGAAAUGAUGGACUAUUAUGAUCAUUUAGUACCUACAUUUAGCAUUGAUCCAUUGGAAAAAAUUACAGAUGCUUAUCUUGAUCAAUACUUGUGGUAUGAAGCUGACAAGAGAAAACUAUUUCCAAAUUGGAUCAAACCCAGUGACGAUGAAAUUCCUCCAUUAUUGGUCUAUAAGUGGUGCCAAGGAAUUAAUAACUUAUCAGACGUUUGGAACACUACAAAUGGAGAAUGCAAUGUGAUGAUCGAAACUACCUUUGAAAAGUUGACUGAGAAAAUCGAUUUCACCCUUUUGAAUAGAUUGUUGAGACUUGUAAUAGACCCCAAUAUUGCCGAUUAUAUUACAUCCAAGAAUAAUGUUAAUUUGACAUAUAAAGAUAUGAAUCAUGUUAAUCAGUUUGGUCUUAUCAGAGGAUUGCAAUUUGCUUCAUUUAUCUACCAAUACUAUGGAUUAGUUGUUGAUUUAUUACUCUUGGGUUUGGAUAGGGCAAGUGAACUAGCAGGUCCACCUCAUCAACCUAACACAUUUCUUCAAUUCAAAGACAUACAGACAGAAACUUCUAAUCCUAUUCGGUUGUAUUCACGUUAUAUGGAUAGAAUUCACAUCUUCUUCAGAUUCUCAAACGAUGAAGCGAAUUCGCUCAUUCAAGACUAUCUCAACGAAGAUCCGGAUCCAAAUUAUGAGAAUGUUGUGGGUUACAAUAAUCAUAGAUGUUGGCCAAAGGAUUCAAGAAUGAGGUUGAUGAGACAUGAUGUCAAUCUUGGUAGGGCGGCAUUCUGGGAGCUUUCGGGAAGAUUGCCAAACGCAAUUACUUCAAUUGAAUGGGAAAAUACGUAUGCGUCCGUGUAUUCCAACGACAAUCCUAACUUGUUAUUCUCUAUGUGUGGAUUCGAAGUAAGAAUCUUGCCGAAGUGCAGAUCAAAGGAAGAUUCAUCCUCGCAGGAAGGAGUUUGGGAUCUUAUUGAUCAAACUACUAAAGAGAGAACAGCCAAGGCAUUCUUGAAGGUUUCUCAGGAGGAAAUUGAUAAAUUCAAUAAUCGUAUCAGACAGAUUUUAAUGUCUUCGGGUUCAACAACGUUCACCAAAGUUGCAUCAAAGUGGAAUACUGCUUUGAUAUCAUUGUUUACUUAUUUCAGGGAAGCAAUAGUCGCAACUGAACCUUUGCUAGACUCAUUAGUGAAAUGCGAAACAAAAAUUCAGAAUAGGGUCAAGAUGGGUUUAAACUCGAAAAUGCCUACAAGAUUCCCACCAGCAGUUUUCUAUACACCCAAGGAAUUGGGAGGUUUGGGAAUGCUUAGUGCUUCGCAUAUACUUAUCCCCGCCUCUGAUUUGAGAUGGUCGAAACAAACAGACACUGGUAUUGCUCAUUUCAGGGCAGGUAUGAGCCAUCAAGAAGAGAAGAUGAUUCCAACUAUUUUUAGAUACAUCACUUCUUGGGAAAAUGAGUUCUUGGAUUCACAAAGAGUUUGGGCCGAAUAUGCCAUAAAGAGACAACAAGCAGUGGAACAAAAUAGAAGGUUGACAUUUGAGGAUAUGGAAAAUAAUUGGGAUAGAGGUUUGCCUAGAAUAAGUACUUUAUUCCAAAAGGAUAGGCACACAUUGGCAUAUGACAAGGGUCAUAGAAUUCGUAGAGAGUUCAAGAAGUUCAGUUUACCAAGAUUCAAUCCGUUCUGGUGGACUAGUAGUCAUCAUGAUGGCAAGCUUUGGAAUCUUAAUGCAUAUAGAACAGAUGUUAUCCAAGCAUUGGGUGGUAUUGAAACCAUUUUGGAGCAUACAUUAUUCAAGGGAACAGGAUUCGAUUCCUGGGAAGGGUUGUUCUGGGAAAAGGCAUCUGGAUUUGAAGAUUCCUUGAAAUUCAAAAAGUUGACCAAUGCUCAAAGAUCUGGUUUGAGUCAAAUCCCGAAUAGAAGAUUCACUUUGUGGUGGUCUCCAACAAUAAACAGAGCAAAUGUUUAUGUUGGUUUUUUGGUUCAAUUGGAUUUGACUGGUAUUUUUUUGCACGGUAAGAUUCCUACAUUAAAAAUUUCGUUAAUCCAAAUCUUCAGAGCCCAUUUAUGGCAAAAAAUCCAUGAAAGUGUUGUUCAAGACAUUUGUCAAGUUCUAGACAAAGAAUUGGAAGUUCUUCAAAUUGAUAGUGUUGAGAAGCAAGCAAUUCAUCCAAGAAAAUCGUACAAGAUGAAUUCUUCAACUGCAGAUAUUGUAUUGACCAGCACUUACAAGUGGAAAGUAUCACGUCCCUCUCUCUUAUUUGAUAAGAACGAUACAAUGGAUAUCAAUACAAAUAAGUUCUGGAUUGAUGUACAGCUCAGAUAUGGUGAUUACGAUUCCCAUGACAUUUCAAGGUAUGCCAGAUCAAAAUUCCUUGAUUACACCACGGACAACUCAAGUUCUUACCCUUCACCUACAGGAAUAAUUAUUGCGAUUGAUUUGGCCUACAACAUGUACGAGGUUUAUGGUAACUGGUUCCCAGGCUUGAAGCCAUUAGUGCAAAAUGCUAUGAAAGAAAUUAUGAAAGCAAAUCCAGCUAUUUACGUUUUGCGAGAAAGACUCAGAAAGGCUUUACAAUUGUAUCAAUCGCAACCUCAAGAAGCAUUAUUAAAUUCAAAUAAUUACGCUGAAUUGUUCAACAGUGACAACCAAUUGUUUAUUGAUGAUACGAAUGUGUACAGAGUAACUGUACAUAAGACAUUUGAGGGAAAUAUGACCACAAAACCAAUCAAUGGUGCGGUCUUCAUGCUAAACCCCAAGUCUGGUCAGCUAUUCUUGAAAAUUAUUCAUACUUCUGUUUGGGCGGGCCAGAAGAGAUUAGGUCAAUUAGCAAAAUGGAAGACAGCAGAAGAAGUGUCCGCAUUAAUUCGUUCAUUACCAAGAGAAGAACAACCCAAACAGUUGAUUGCUACUAGAAAGGGUAUUCUAGACCCAUUGGAAGUUCACAUGCUUGACUUUCCGAAUAUUUCCAUUAGGUCUUCUGAGUUACAUCUCCCUUUUGCAUCAGCAUUGAAAGUGGAAAAGUUGGCAAAUGUAGUAUUGAAAGCAAAUGAGCCUCAAAUGGUUUUAUUUAAUAUCUAUGAUGAUUGGUUGAAAAGCAUUUCUCCUUACACUGCUUUUUCAAGAAUUAUUUUACUAUUAAGGGCGAUGGGUAUAAGUCAAGACCGUACAAACUUAAUUCUUAAUCCUGAUUCAAGUAUUGUUACACAAGAUCAUCAUAUCUGGCCCUCAUUUUCAGACGAACAGUGGAUUGAUGUCGAAUCUCAAUUAAGAGAUUUGAUUUUGAGCGACUAUGCUAAAAAAUUCAAUGUGAAUAUCCAGUCUUUAACUCAAUCUGAAAUAAGAGACUUGAUAUUGGGACAAGACAUACGUGCUCCUUCUGCCAAACGUCAAGAAACUGCUUCCAUCGAAAAUAAUGAUGAUGAGCAGACAGCAAACAAGGAGUUAACUGCAUUGAAGACUACAACCACCAAUGUUCAUGGGGAAGAAAUCGUGACCGUUACAAGUACCAACUAUGAACAGCUGACAUUUUCGUCCAAGAAUGAGUGGAGGAAUCGUGCUAUUGCUUCUAGUAAUUUGCAUUUAAGAACAAAAAACAUUUAUGUGAAUUCUAAUGAUGAUAAUGAUGUUGAAAGCUCUUUGACUUAUGUCAUGCCCAAAAACUUGUUGAAAAAGUUUGUCCAAAUUUCUGACCUCCGGAUUCAAACUGGUGCUUACUUGUACGGGAAAUCACCAGAAGAUAAUUCAGAAAUCAAGGAAAUCGUGUCAAUUGUAUUGGUUCCUCAACUUGGCGGUACAAACUUCGUCCAAUUUCCAAAAUCAUUACCUGAAUCAAGCGGUGCCCUAGAGGGCCUUGAGCUUUUGGGGAUAAUACACACCCAAUCGCAAGACUCACAAUACUUAUACCCAACUGAUAUUACAGUUCAAUCCAAGCUCUUGCAGGAAUACAGGCCAAAUUUCAUAACUCUUACUGUUUCUUUUACCCCUGGUUCGGUUUCAUUGGCAGCCUUCACACUCCGUGAAGAUGGAUUUAAUUGGGGUUUGAGUAACGAAGAUCUAAUUUCAACUACACCAAAGGGAUACAGCAUGCUGUUCGCGACUAAGAACCAGUUGUUGUUGUCCGAUAGAAUUUCCGGAAACUUCUUGGUUCCAGAUGACAAUAUUUGGAAUUAUUUCUUCAUUGGCUCUGUUUGGAACGCCAAUGAUGAAUACGAUGUAAAACUUGAUAUUCCACUAAGCUUUUAUCACGAAUUACAUCGCCCAAUUCACUUUACUUCAUUCAACGAGAUUGAGCGAAAUGAAGAAGAAGCUAAUAUGGAAGACGUUUUCAGUUGA